AUGUUACUUAAAAUCCUUAGGAGGUGUUUCUCAUUCUCAUUACUACUGUUUAUUAUUCAAGUGAGGAUUUGUGAAUGCGCUAAGAAUCAAGGUAAUGUAAUAACCGUCACCGAACCUGGAAAAGAUGCCAUUUGGAUGUCAGGACCAAACUCAUAUUCCAUUACAUGGUCGCAAUCAAAGUUCUCAUUUAAAUGGAACAUAGUACUAUUAGACAGCGAGCGAAACAAAAUUAAGGAUAUUUCAACGGGAUUAAGGGAGUUUAACGAGGUAAAAAUGACACAUCAAUGGCUUGUUCCUUCAAGUGUUCAAAGUGGAAGUUACAGAAUUGAAAUAUGUGCCACUAGUGUUCCUAACGAGUGUGGAAGCAGCGACGUAUUCUCGAUCAGGAAUAGUAAAGGUAAGCUGUUGCAGUAAAUUUUAUUCAAGAUUAAUAUGUUGUGAAAGGUUUGAACCAAAUUGAAUAUGUUUUGCAUUCAUAACGUAAUGUAAAUACACCUGUGAUUUUAACCCCAUUCAGUUUCGACUGAUGCCGAUUUUGACGCAGGACAUAUUCGUUUUGGCUUUUAUUUAGAAACUGCAUGAAUAUCACCAUUAAUUUAUUUCUUGCAGAACUUUCCUCGAUAGUAAGUAGAUGGAAUAAAAAAUAUCCUUAAUGAUGAUAAAUAAAUCUUGGUGCCAUUUUCGCACCGGUAACUAACAUUCUUGUACGGCACAUUUAAACAUACAGCGAACAGAGCCAUUUAGCGGCUUGCGAAGGGGAUCCGAACAGGGUUUAACUGAUACCUUGCCUUAAAAUUGACCAAAUUGGGACGUAAAGAUAAAAAUAAUCUACUACAUUCAAACAUUCCUGACUCCUGGAUCCUAGUGAAAGUUCGAUUAAACUGACUGUAUAUUUUCAGAGUAAUACGAACAGCUUUGGUUGGACCCCUGCGAUUGUCUUAAUAGGGAGCUCAAACAUAGACGUUUUCGAGCACCACGCGUCAACCGGAAGUGGACUUUUCACAUUUUUGGGCAAAGGUUAGCAAUACAAUCUUUGUUCGCAUCAAGGUAUAAGGGAAAAAACAUCACUUCCGUUUGACGUGCGUGGCUCAAUAACUUCUUUGCGUAAACUCCCUUUAUUCCUGCCAGUAAACACUGAUUACGUUCUGAGUUAGAAUCCUCUGUCAGUUUUUUUUAAACUACAAUUGAUAACUUUUGCUUAUAUUUUACGCUAGACCCUGGCGCUACUGAUGAAACUGAUUUCGAUGCAUUCUCCUCUGUACAUGAUAACCAAGCAAUACCUUUUGCUCAGCUUUCCAAUAUAACGGAACAAAGAAAAGCAAAUUUAAAAAUCCUCUUACCUCACGAGCUUCGCCGUCAGAGACGUUUGGAAAAGGAGGGAGUUUACUUUAAGAGAAUGACAGAGAAGAUAAGAAGACAGGAAGUAAAAGAAUGCACGAUCGAGCGUGUCCACCAACCGUCAAAAGAGGCGUUUGUGGAACGAUACAUGAAGCAUGGUAAACCUGCUAUAUUGACGGGAAUGAUGGACAGCUGGGAAAGUACAAAAUCCUGGAAGUUUGAAGAACUUGGUACGGAGAGACAUUCCCCUUUUCUCAUAGGGUCUUUAACUCGAAAAAUCGCACCUUUGACUUACUGAUUGAACACUCACUAGAGAAGGUAGUUAUGGUGGCUUUAAAGGGACGUUUUUCGGCACGAUCUCUUGCACGAGGCAUUGGCUGUUGCUAUUUUGUUGUUUAAGCUCUCAUACUUCAGCUUGACAAUCGUCAUCCCAACUGAUAAACAAAGCAACUGAAUCAGACACUACAUUUUCAGCCUUAGUCCUGCAAACAACCAUGAAAGAGGCUGAGACCUUUCAACAAUGAUACCAGGUUUCUCAAAGUUUCCUAUCGUUUAAGAAAACGCCAUUUAAUGUUGGUGGCAGCUAAGGAUUCAUCUUAAUUUUCUAUUUAUUUACUUAUUUACUUUUUAUUUAUCUAUUUAUUUAUUUACAUACCUAUUAAUUUGUUUUCUUUUUGUUUUCGCCACUUUCCUACCUGGAUGAAAGGGCGUUUAAAUUGAUUAAAAUUUUUUUGAGAUCGGCUGCAAGUUGUCAAUAGACCAUAGAAAAAGAUCGUACUUUCAACUCGAAGUUUUUGAGAUGUCUAAUAUUUGACGUUAUUUCCUGUAGGAAAGGUUCUCACCAAAGGGGUCAAGGUUGACUUAAUGGAAGACCUAACCUCUUACACACUGUGGAAUGACUUUCGAAGUCGAUUUUCUGACAUGUACAAGGAGCCUUCAAAAGUUAUUAUGAAGGACUUUGAUCAAAUUUACCCCGAGUUAUUGGAGGAUGUACGUUUUCCGAAAUUUACCAAAGACUACACAGAGGUAAUUACUGUUGUUCUUACAAGGACAGUCAAUACAGUGUGCAUUUGUAUAUUUUUUUAUACAUAUAUAUAUCUGCUAUUGGAGGAGUUUGUACACACCUUUAUUUUGAUUGAUUGAAGUAAUUUUGAACAUACGCGAGUACAAGAAAAAGCUAGAAAAAGUUCUUGAGGUUACAGAAAUAUAAUCUAUAUAAAAGGACUUCGUAUGGAGCAAAAGCUAGAGUAUCUAUCUCUAACAAUCUGCACUAUUAGUACCUGUCAGAAAGAAUUAACAUAGACCAAUUCCUGGGCUGCUGCUAACAUAUGCGGACUUGAACUUGGGCCGUCACCGCUAUUUAUUAACCACAAUUAUAACCAACUCUUUUAACCCUCUUCAAAAUAACAUGGCCGACAGUUGAAUAUUUGCAUGGUUGGAAUUUCAAUACAAGUUACCUUACGGUUAAUUGGUAUACCUUGAAGUUUCUAUUUUGAUUUGAUUCAGGUAAUAGAUGAAGAUAUUCGUCCUCCUCACUUGUCAUUUGAGAUGGCGCCCAAGAGGUCUGGCCUGCACUGGCGAGUAGAACAUCUUAAUGCUUCAUUAUGGAGUGCUUUGAUUACUGGGCGGAAACGCUGGGGACUUUAUCCGCCAUCACGAUACUUUGUGCCGGGUAGGUGUUAACAGCGUUAUACUACUACAUGAGAAAUUUCUGCAAUUUGAUUGGCUUAGAGCAGUGGUAUUUCAGCUUAAUUUGAAAUACCUACAUGUGAAAAUUACAAACCUUUUGCCGGUAGUAGUAUAAACAAAUAAUAGCAUGAUUUGUAUGUGAUAUUUGGCAUAAAUACCACUCGUGAUAUUUCAAAAUUGUCUCAAAUUUCACUCGCCUAACGGCUCGUGAAAUUACGUAUAACAAUUUCGAAACAUCACUCGUGGUAUUUAUGCCAAAGAUCACUACUAAUCAUGCUAUUACCUAUACUAAUUUACCAGGCUAUGGACGCAAUUCCCAUGAUAUUGUAUUUCAUUCGGCUCAUAUGGUACAAAAAUAAUUAAAAUAUUGCUUAUUUGCACUCAGAGCAUUAUUUUUAAUCUGUCAAAUAACUUGAAGCCAUCGGUAAAUAUUUCAAAAAUUCGGGUACAAUUCAAUUUGGGCCUAGAAGGACUUGAUGAUGUUCAGUUCCCAUGAAGUGGAUGAUUCAUGCCAUUUUUUUUUCACUUCGCGUUAAGUUGAAGUCGAAACUAAGGUUCUUUUCCAAUAGAUUGUCGACUUGAGCGAUGGAAUAACGGUCAAUAACGUCUGUGAUAUUGCAAGUGAUUAUAUCCAUCAAAGCUACUAAGUAACUCAAAUCGAAUUGUUAACAUUUUUCAUGUUACUAUGACGUAUUAAAAGGAAUUGAAAAUUCUGACGACAAUUAUUAGUACCACAUAUAAUCAACCAAGUCUAAUCUUUGACAAAUAUAGAACGACUUCAUAUUGAGCCGAAAUCUUGUAUUGAGGAGCCAUCAUCAUAACUCAGUUUCCUAGGUUUUGUGAAACUAAGUUUACCAUUUGAUAUAAUGUAGGAAAACGUGGGCCGUGUGGGAAUUCGAUGGAGAGCCAACUAAGACUGCACAGCGGUAUAUUACGUUAGACGGUUGAAAGUAUCGUCUUGAAUGAAAUACAUCUGGCCUAGGCAAUUAAACUAUAUGCAAAAGCAGAAAAAAAACUACAAAGGCUAAGACCACGAAUAAAAUGUACAAGAAGGUAAAAAAAAAGCGAUGAUAAUAAUUUAAAGUGAGAAUCAAUAUUGACAUGCAGUCAAAAUCUUAUUAAAAAUACAAAAACAUCAUUAUCCACCUACUAUUAUUAUAAUUAUUACAAUAAUUAUUGUUAUUAUUAUUAUUAUUAUUAUUAUUAUUAUUAUUAUUAUUGUUAUUAUUAUUAUUUUAUCAGGUGUAAUUCACAAUGAUCAUCAAACGCAAGAUUCACAACAGUCGGAAUCAUUCACAUGGUGGAUACAUACCCGGCCUCAUAUAAAAGACGAGUACAAGCCACUAGAAUGUAUGCAAGCGACAGGAGAAAUUUUAUACAUCCCUUCAGGAUGGUGGUGGAGUAAUCUGAAUAUCAAUGAUUCUAUCACGUUACAGGUUAGUUCAACGUCUGGGCAAAAAACCUAUCUUUACCCAAAAUGCCACCACAACACCUAAGGUACCAUAGUGAUGCCUAGCUAAAGAUUAAAGUUGUCGUGCUACUGCAGAUGAAGAAAGUUUGACGUUUUUCUCAGGACGAACCUAUGCAGUCAUCUGAAAGUGUUGAUCGAUAAGUUAAGACAAUCUACUUCACGUGCACUUUUGCAUCUUCUUCUUCGUUUUUUUUUUGUUUGUAAGAUUUGCACUUUUUUCUACCUCUUAGCCCUUAGUGGGCAUUAUUAUUUUUAAAGGGGCUGUCUCACGAGGAUAUUGUUGUUUUAGGUCUAUAAUAUUCUCUGGUAAAGCCAUUUAUUCUCUGCUUGCACUGUCACGCAAUGAAAAAUAAAAAUACAAACCAUUCAAUACAAAAGGACAAGAAUCUGGGAAAUGAAAAAAGAUGAAUAUACAAAAACCCUUGCCAAGAAUCGGGUUUGUGUGAAAUAUUUCAAAUGCGAGAUAUUGGGAAAAACGGUUUACCUAAAUUUAUAAAGCUUUGUAUGGAAACGCCAUGUUGGUGUCCCUUUCAGGAACACCAAUAUGGCCGCCGGAUACCAACAGAAACAUCUGUUUUCGAGUUUUCCUAUUAAUGCAUGAAUUCUUCGCUUGAGGAACUCAUAACGAUUACAGUAAUAUUUAUUCUGAGACAAAGAAUGUUUAGAUUGCAAAAUCUCCUAAAAUCGGUAAUAAAUGUUUUUAACCCACAUAAGAGCUUUCCCGGCCGCCAGCCAAAUGCCGCGUCACGCAAAAGCCUGGAAAUUCAAGCGUCCUCUCUCGCAAAACGAAGAGCCCUUUCGAACCAAAAAUUUGUUUAUGUAAAGAUGUUUAGGUACUGUAAUACCUCGUGAAAGUAGAAACUCAGAAGAAUCGAUAGUUUCUUAGUUUGAUUUUUGGUGACGUCACGUGCAACCCAAGAAUAAGUGCCAUUAUCCAUAUAUAAAAUGCUCUUGUAGAGUUAUGAAGAAGAUAUCAAACAAAUUUCAUCAGGGACAUUUAUCACAAUAAUUUUUGGGUGACUUUUGCAAGGAAUAGCAUCACAACGUAAAAAAAGGAUUUCAAUCCAUGUCCUUGCCAUCCGUAGCAAGAGAUGGCAGGAAACAGUUUCCGGUAAUGCCCAACUAUAUAUAGUUGUAAAUAACAAAAUUGUACCAGUACUCUUAGAAUUUAAUUGAUGCUAAGGAAUACACUUAGCCUUCUAAAAAGAUAGCAAAUAGCCUGACUUAGCUCUUGAAAGUUUAUCCCUUCCUUAUCACUAACGAUUAUAAAUUCUCUCAACCUGGGAAGGUUCUGUUGCGUGCAAUUGUGUUCACACUAGAGACAGUCAAACUCGGUUACAAGUAGAGAAAACUAGAGAUAAAAGCUCUUUGACAGAGGGCUUCCACACUCAGUAAAUUAUUUUAAAAUGAAUUGUAGUAGCAAUGACUGUUUAACUGUUUAUUAAUUAUUAUAAAUUUUACAGAAAGUAAUAUCUACUGCCUGCAGUCAGCAGAUUAGCUAGUCGACGAGAGCAGUGGUUACACGUAUUUUAUAUAUAUACAAAUAGCUCACAAGAAAGACUAGAGAAAAAAAUGUACUAAAUAAAUAAAAAUAAAUUCAAUUAAAUUAAGUUUACAAUAAUGUACUUUGUAAAUAUAAGCCGAGUUUUUAGGAAAUUUUUGUUAUUAAUGGGUAAAUCAAUAUAAUUAUUUUCUUCUGAAAAUAUUUGGAGUAAAGUAUAGUGCCAAAUCUUCCAGCUGGCCUUUGAUGAGGCCCUAGAAAUCGGUGAUCAUGACGCUAUAAUCUCCAAAUGAUAAAAGUAUAUCGGUGCGUUUCCUUUACUCUAGAAGUCUGUUUGCGAUGAAACAAGCAUCCGGGCAUGUAUGGACGAGCUAAAGGAAAUGGCGGACAGCGCCGGAGAUAACUAUUUUGGGGACGCUUUCAUUCAACUACGUCACUACCUGGCAAUUCACGAACCAGGGCUUCUCACAGAUGAUGACCGACAGUUUAGAUCUCCGAUAAGAGGCCUGGGGAUAACUAACCACGACCACGGAAAUCGGCACCAUGAAAAUGUCUGGGAGGUAAAAAGUUUGUUUUGAUUUUUGUAAUAAACGCUAAUGGCUUCGUUCACGAACGCCCGAUCGUGUUCCAUGUUAUAUGCUGUCUAGGCUUUCUUUGAGAACCUUCUACACUGUACAUAGACACUUUAUCGAUUGAGGAUAAUACGUAUAAUACCACAGUAACAAAUUUUAUUGAUAAAAAUAGAGGACCUUGCAUUUCUUAGCUAGUUACACAUAUAUGAUAUAUAAGUAAGUCUAUUAUAUAUUUACUGAUUAUAACAGUCUACAAUCUUGAAUCUCACAUUUUCAAUAUCUUCGAAAAAGUACUGAAGAUCUAGUUGGUUUAUUUUGGUUUUGUCUUGAUUAUCAGUGAGUCGAUUAUUUAUCUGUAACUAAUUCAGUCAAUACAACUGUUCAUAAAUACUUUCUUUUCCUUUAUCUUUCUCUUUAGAAAUAUUUCAUGGAAGGCCUUGAAGUGGAGGAUUCCUCUCCGCGUAGUGCAGGAUGA